AUGUUUGUCUUUGGUUCAGAAAGCGCGAAGGUGAGGCUUCAACCAUCUUUCACAUUACUAGAUGUCACGAAUACUCACUGGGGAGCCCUCUCGCAGACUCACAAGACAGGGAAACGCUCUCCCUCGGCUCCUUCAACCUGGGCGCGUAAAAGAGUGCAACUCUCCCCAGAGUUGCUUCGGGGUGUUUUUGAACACUUCAACAACGCGGAUAACGCGCGAAAUGCACGCGUCUGCCGGAACUGGCGCGACGGCGCGUUGGCUUUGGUGUGGCGAUGUGUUGACCUCGGAGACACGCUACGACUGUUGGCACCCUUGGUUAAGAAUAAGAAGGGGGGCUUCUACAAAUUUUCUCGCAACGUUUCAGUCCAAGACUGGGAACGUUUCGAUGUAUACGCGAAGCGAGUGCAACAACUCACUGCCCAUCCGAAGAAACAAUACGACCUGUCCCCCUGGCGUUCGAAAGUAAUUUCCACCUCGUUCCCCUCUUCCUUCACCAUGGGAUCAAGUAGCUAUCCUUCGUCAUUGAAACGCUCCCCGCCACCGAAGAUUUUCACCGCCCCUCAAGACCUCGCGGCAUCGCUCGAUGUCGCCAUCGAGAUGAUCAAAAGCCUCGGCCAUCUGCAAUCCCUCCGGCUGCCCCUCCAGUGA